CACUGCAGAUAACCAUGGUAGCACUUUGUAGGAAUUAAAUAGAGUAGCAUUUUUGUGUCUAAAACAAUAAUUAGUACCACCGUAGAAAACCAGCACUUUAUUUAUAUAAAAAAUACUGUCAAAAUAUAGUACUGAUUAUUUUAGUUCAUCUAAUUCUAGAACCAAUACUAAACCAUUUUUAUAUAGUUUUUAAUGAAGGAUAUAGUAGAUAUAGUACAAAGAAUUUAGCACUUAGGCGUCUUGCACGGUUAAAGUGGCCUAUUGUAUUGUCAUAUAAAAGCUGACUGACAAUGCCUCGACAAGCGUACAGACUUUUAAACAUGUAUCUAUAAUGUAAAGCAGUCAAGGAUUUAAAUCUUUAGUAAGCCCUCUUAAAAAACGCAACUAAAAAGGAAAACCUAUACCAGAAACGUAACAGAGAAUGUAUCAAUAAAACGAUACAUGACCGAUUAAAAUAUAAUGUAAUAAACAGUUAAAACAUUAAUUAAGAUAAUUUUUGAUAGAACUGUAUUAAUGUUAUCUACUUUGAUCUUAAACCAUUUUUUUUGUUCAUUAGAAAAUAGCAUCCAGCAUACAACAUUCCUGUGUAAUCCUGAAAAAUAAAUUUAUUUAAAUAUGCUAAAAUUAUGUUGAACAUGUAAAAUACAGUAAAUAAAUAACCUGGCUGCAUCGACUGAAGCUGUACUAAAAAUGUAAUAAUCAAGACACUGCUUCGGUCCUGUGAAAAUAAAACAAAACGACAUCGGCCGUCAACCACAUUUCACAAUGUUACUAAAUAUAGUUUCGAGCCUAUUUAAGAGGGUCCCAUCAAUUUUUAUUGGCUAACUCAUUCGUAGUUUACAUAAAAUGAGUGUUGCGGACGCCAGAGCCGGGGUCAUGCGCGGGUGGGAAUGUACACCGACAGAUGUACCGGAAAAUGUUCCUGUUGAUCAUAAAAAUAACAAAACAUGUAUGCCAGCUACAUUCAUUAAAGGAUGGAGAAGAAACACGCUUUAUGGCAUUCUUAUUUUUCUUAUGAUAUUAAUAUUUUUAAACGUGGCAUUGACUCUCUGGAUUGUUAGUGCAUUGAAGCUAAGUAUGAAUGGCAUCGGUCCUAUUAAAAUAGUGAAGGGAGGUAUUCAGCUGGAAGGACACUCGUGGGUGACAGACAACUUGGUCGCGUCCACAAUCACGUCGCAACCAGCGCACCCUAUUAGCUUUCAAUCGCAUCGGAACUUCUCGGUACAAGUGUCCGACCAUCACGGAGUGCCACAUUCCAAGCUGCUAAUAAAACGGGAUAAUAUAGAAUUUAGUGGGCAAGUUUUCCAUGUCAGGGAUUCUCGAGGUAUGAACGUGUUUCAUGCAUCUCGUGAUGAAGUGCGGGUUUUCGCUGAUACGUUUGCGGUGGAUGGCGUCGGAGGUUUGGUCGUCAAGAAUGCGGUCCAAGUACCGUUCGUAAGAGCUCCACCAGGAUUCGAUUUGCAAUUGGAGUCAUUAACAAGGCGACUAGACCUCAGGGCGCCACAAUCCAUACACUUCGAGAGUAGAGCGGGAGGCAUAGACUUAACAUCUCAAAAUGAUAUUAAAUUAAACUCUAUUGUUGGUGCUAUAAAAAUCGAUUCGCCAAAUAUAGUGAUCAACAAUCUUAAAGAAGCUUCUAUUACGGAAAAGCCUCAAAAGGGUAUAAGAGGCAUAAAAGUGUACCAACUUUGUGCAUGUGCGACUGGUAAAUUGUUCUUGGCCGCACCAGACGCUCCAUGUGCCGCCAACGAUGACGAUACCGACCUCUGUCGAUGAUAAACAUACACCAUACGCUUAUUUUUUAUAUUAUUUGUGAUAGUAGCCGUUGAAGGUCUAGUCACUAGACUCUAGUCAAAUACUCAAUAUAAGCUAUGAUUGAAAAGGGAUUGAUCUGCAAAUGACUAAUAGUAUUUGUAAAUUAGUAUUUCAGCCGCACUGUUAUAUUAAGAUUUAUUUUAAAAUAAUAUUAUUAUAAGUAUAUGUAAUUUCAUCACAAAAACCUAUACAGUAUUACUGUAUUCCUUUAAGUUUUAUUAUUAUUAAACAAAUUUUAGUAUUUU